AUGGCGACAAUAUCAAUUUCUAAGGCGGAGAAGUCAUAUGUUCAAAGUUCUCUCCGCAACGACCCUCCACUCCGUGCUGAUGGACGCGCACUCCUUGAUUUCCGGACUGUGUUGCUUGAGACUGGCGUCGCACCCUUAGCAAAUGGAAGUGCCAAGCUGAACAUAGGUAAAGCGCCGUUGGAAGGCGGGGACGGCACAGAGGUGAUUGCGGCCACAAAACUGGAGGUGGAGGACGUUGAGUCAGGCGACGGGAUUGAUGGCGGCCGCAUUGUUUGCUCAGUGACAUGCUCUCCCUCUGCCUACCCUCAUCUAUCCUCAAAUUCCCUCGACGAGCUCCAAUAUGACCUAACGACUAUCCUCCACCAAACCAUCGCUCAUCCAUCUUUGCAUCCAUCCAACCUCAGCAUCUUGCCAGGUAAGAAAGCCUGGCUUCUACACCUAGAUGUCGUCGUACUCGCGGACGCGGGCAAUGUCCUUGACGCAAUUUUUACGGCAUCCCGCGCCUCGCUUUGGGACACGAAGGUCCCUCGCACGCGUGCAAUUCAGUAUCAGGCGAAGAAACCAGCAUUUACAAACGCGGAUGUAGACAUGGAUGAGGGGCAGGGACCAACCAUCAGCGGCUUUGACACGCGCAAUAUAGCGAAGGCCGCAGUAGAUUUUGAGCUCCCAGACUAUUGGGAUGAGGGUGAGAUCCUCGACGGAAGAGAAUGUUGGCCAGUAUCUGUCACUUUGAACGUUCUGUCCCCAAUUCACUACCUGGACGCUACACUGACUGAAGAGGCCUCCACUCCCGUGAAACUACUACUGGCAUUCUCGUUCCCUCGCGAUUCACCGCCUCGUAUACAGGCAAUGCGACUGCUCGGUCCAGGAGAGUUGUCGUUAGAGCAAACGAAGUCUUUAAUCGCGGAUUCCCAAAAAUAUGCAAGUGAGCUGUUCAAUUCUCUAGAGUCAAAGCUGUGCGAUGAAGAUAUACGGAGAAACAUCAAAGCAAGAGACAAGUUCGCGCUGCGGUGA